CUUCGAAUUUAACCUAUUUUAUAUUGCCGUGUUUUCCAUUUUUUUCUUCGCGUGUUACACACGCGCCGCUCCUCCUCGAGACUCGCCCCUUUAAUUUUGAAAACAAGUAUAUUAUGAGCUAUGAUUAUACACAUUCUCUCUCUUAUUCAAAUUUAGUACUGGUAGUUUGAAAAACUUUGAAAGAGCAAGUGAAAAGAAGAAAGCUUCAAAACAACAACACACCAACCACCACUUGUAUUUACUUUGUUUGUCUUCUCUAGUUUUUGCUUUCCCUUUCUCUCUUAAUUUUUCCUUUAUUUGCUUUCGAUUGCGAAACAAGCUCUGCGGAGUUAUUGCAGACCGGCCAGUGAAAAUGAGCGUGGUAGGGAGACAGAUGGCGAGAUCUAAUUCGGCGGCUCAUCAUCAACGGCAGUACUCCGAUAACUUCCUCGAAGCGUCGUUUAACGCCAAAUGGCUUCAGUCCUCCAAUUUGCCUUCUUCUCAGGAGUUUGGGUUCUACGGCGGGGGAAGAAUGAGCAGGAAGUCGCCGGAGCCAGGGACACCGCCGCUUUCUUCGAGGUCGUCGAGCUUGAGGAAGAACAGCGAUGAAUACGUGUCGCCCAGUGAGCUCAGCCCCGGCUUACUGGAUCUGCAUUCAUUUGAUACUGAGCUGCUUCCCGAGGUUCCUAGUCUUUAUGAAGGAUACGGGAUUCAAAAACCUGUCCGUGGUAAAAGUUUUGAUGAUUCUGAACAGUAUCUAUCUACCAACAAACUUCCAAACAGGCCGCGGGGAAUGGCUGAGAAUAACCUUCUCAAAAGCAUCUCAGUAGAUAAAGAAAAAGCUAACAGUGUUGCCAAGAUUAAAGUUGUGGUGCGCAAGAGACCAUUGAACAAGAAGGAAAUUGCAAAGAAAGAAGAAGAUAUUAUCACUAUAGAGCCAAAUUCCAAUGCACUAAUGGUUCAUGAGAAAAAGCUAAAGGUUGACCUGACAGAAUAUGUUGAGAAGCAUGGAUUUAUUUUUGAUGCCGUACUGAAUGAAGAUGUUAGCAAUGAGGAGGUGUACUCGGAGACUGUGGAGCCGAUAGUCCCACUAAUUUUCAAUCGAACAAAAGCAACUUGUUUUGCGUAUGGGCAAACAGGAAGUGGGAAGACAUAUACUAUGCAGCCACUGCCUCUAAAGGCAUCUCAAGAUAUAUUAAGACUAAUGUAUCACACAUAUCGGAACCAAGGUUUCCAACUCUUUGUCAGUUUUUUUGAGAUAUAUGGAGGAAAAGUCUUUGAUCUCCUUAAUGAUCGGAAAAAGCUUUGCAUGAGAGAAGAUGGUAAACAACAAGUAUGUAUUGUGGGUCUGCAAGAGUACAAGGUAUUAGAUGUUCAGACGAUCAAGGAGUUAAUCGAGAGAGGAAAUGCAACAAGAAGCACUGGCACCACUGGAGCGAAUGAGGAAUCUUCAAGGUCACAUGCCAUUCUUCAGCUUGCCAUCAAGAGAUCAGCUGAUGGCAGUGAAUCAAAGCCUCCUAGACCUGUAGGGAAACUUUCCUUCAUAGAUCUUGCUGGAAGUGAGCGUGGUGCUGAUACAACUGACAAUGACAAACAGACAAGAAUGGAAGGUGCUGAAAUUAAUAAAAGUUUACUUGCUUUAAAAGAAUGCAUCAGAGCACUUGACAAUGACCAGGGUCACAUACCUUUCCGAGGAAGUAAGCUGACUGAAGUUCUUAGAGAUUCAUUUGUUGGUGACUCACGUACUGUUAUGAUAUCAUGUAUUUCACCAAGCUCAGGGUCAUGCGAACAUACUCUGAAUACACUAAGAUAUGCUGAUAGGGUGAAGAGCCUAUCAAAAGGGACCAACUCCAAGAAGGAUAUGCUAUCUUCAUCAUCAAAUCUUAGGGAGUCAACUGCUUUGCCAUUGAGUUCAUCUUUACGAACUGACACAUUUGAGGAUGAUAUAACCGAUGUUCCUUUUGAAAAGAACAAAUUUGGUUGGUCCAAACCGAUUGAAAGAGAUAUGUCUCUAAAAGUGGAUCCUGUUGCUAGUGGAAGGGUGGACGGAAAUUUGGUUGGUCCAUAUUCCGAUUAUUUUAACGGUCAGAGAGGUGAACUAAACGAUAUGCCUGAGGAUGAUUUUGAUUACUCAGAGGAGGCAUAUGAGCAACCAAAGAUGUUGCAGAAAACAAAAGAUCCUAUGAUAAAGCGAGCGAAUCCUUCAACCUUUGAUGAUAACAAUUAUCAUUCAGAUGAUGAUUUGAGUGCCCUGUUGAAGGAAGAGGAAGAUCUUGUAUCUGCUCAUCGAAGGCAAGUCGAGGACACAAUGGAGAUUGUUAGGGAGGAAAUGAAUCUGCUAGUUGAAGCUGACCAACCAGGCAAUCAACUGGAUAAUUAUAUCUCGAAGUUAAAUACCAUUCUUUCACAGAAGGCUGCAGGAAUCGUACAACUGCAAGCGCGCUUGGAUCAAUUCCAAAAACAUUUAAAGGAGUACAAUGUUUUAGUAUCUUCAGGCAAUUGAUAAACCGGUUAAUGAAGCUGGUGAAACCCAUUGAUAUACGGUGGAGUUCAGCCUGGGUGUGGAUUUAGACCUGCCUUUGAUUUGAUUGUUUCCUCUUUGAUGCUGUGGCUUUCUUCCUCCAUUUUUGAUGCUUCAGGUUAGGUACUGUUGUGACUCCAUAUUAUAAAUAUAUGCAUUGCUCCUCCCUUCGUUAUAAAUAAAAUGUGUGAAAUUUAUUCAGCGGAAUAAUAUUAUUGUUAAUGAUAAUAAAAAACACCUUGUUUUUGUGUUUCGACUUUCAA